GAACGAGCAAGCCGGGGAACGAAAGUUUAACGUGGUGGUUCCGUGCGUUUUCUUGGUACUAAGACAACUCUAGAGAGCGACAAGAACGGGCAAAGAACGUUAAGAGAAGCAAGAAGCUGACUGCGGCCGCCGAGGUGAAAGUGGCAAGAACGGCCGUAAACGUAGCCAGCCAAGUCAGCCAGAUAAACGGCCAGCAACACAAAAUAGAGUACAACCAACAGUUGCCAAGCACACAUACUAAAGUGUAGGGGCGAAGCUGUCAAACAGUUUAACCCACAGCAUUUAAAGUUAAGGAGCAACAGCUGUUGCUUACCUUACACACAUACACAUACACACUCACAUUGCACUCACCGCACACACAUAGAAGAUGCCACACAUACAAUUACAGAGAUGGCUGUACACCUGUCUAUUGGUGAGUGCGCUGCCCACCUUGUGCCUGGGCCUCCUCGAGGGUCUCUACUGUGGCAAGGAGAACUGCUACGAUGUGCUUGGAGUAACGCGCGAGUCAUCAAAAUCGGAAAUCGGCAAAGCCUAUCGGUUGCUGGCACGCAAGCACCAUCCGGAUUUGCAUCGCGGCGAGGAGGCAAAAGCCUUGGCCGAGGAGAAAUUCAAGCUGCUGGCGACCGCUUAUGAGAUAUUGCGAGAUGAGGAGUCACGCACCGAUUACGAUUACAUGCUUGAUAAUCCCGAUGCAUACUAUGCACAUUAUUAUCGCUAUUAUCGACGACGCGUGGCGCCCAAAGUCGAUGUUCGAGUGGUGAUCGUCGUCACCUUGACCAUCAUCUCGGUGAUCCAAUACUACUCGGGAUGGCAGCGUUACGAUGCGGCCAUUAAGUAUUUCGCCACCGUGCCCAAGUAUCGCAAUAAGGCGCUGGAUAUCGCACGCGAUGAGAUACAGGCAAUGAGCAGUAAGGACCGGAAGUCGAAGAAUCGCAAGAAUCUUACAAAGACGGAGCAAAAAGAAGAACUGGAGCGCAUCAUACGCAAGGUGAUCGAGGAGAAGAUGGAUGUGCAAGGCGGCUAUGCGAAGCCCACGUUGUGGGAUGUGCUCUGGGUGCAGUUGAUCAUCAGUCCCUACACGCUGUUCAAUUGGUUGGUGUGGCAUGCUCAAUGGUUGUGGCGCUUUACGAUCCUCAAGCAGGAAUACGGCAGGGAGCAGCAAUUGUAUUUGAUACGUCGGUACAUGGGCAUGGGACAGCACCAGUUCAAUUCCCUGGAAGAGCGACAGAUUGAGGAGUAUCUGGAGCUGGAGCUGUGGCAGCGUGAAAAUUUCGAAGCGUGGAAGGCUGAGCAAGAUGAGGAGAUGAAAAAGAAACUGGCGGAGAAUCCACGAUACAAAGCCUAUCGCCGCUACAUGAAGAACCAUGGACCCGGACGCAUUACGUUCGAGGAUUAAAACCACAAUACGAAUCCAAUACAAUCCAAACCCAAUUCAAUCGAUCGAUCGAUAUAUGAUGUUGCAAGUUUUAUUGUUCCAUCUCCUCCCAAAAAAAGAAAAAUUGAUGAAUGGCUCCGUAGUCGUAAUUUAUUAUUUCAUCUCCCUCAAAAAGAAAAAUUUCUUCUGUUUUAUAUACACACACAUUUCUUUUUUUUUUAUGGCAAUAGUGUAAAAAUAAAUUUAUGUUAAUAAUGCUGUUGUAAGCCAUCAUCAAGUUCAGCCCCAUGGGCAAAACAUUGACCUCGGCAUAAACCGGUCUCCAAAACGUGCUCACGCGAAAUUUCAUCUUCCACACACACACACACAUGCAUACAAUGCUGGCUAUCUGAUUAGCAACCGAUCUGAUCUGAUCUGAUCUGUUAAAGAUCCCCCUAACAAAACCAAUUCCAUGUUAAAAAGAAAGAGAGAGAAAACCCUAACGUUGUUGUAGCUCAAUUGUCCGAACUUUUUAUAGAAAAUAUACAAUACUAUAUAAAAAAAAAAUAUUAAAUCGAAUCAAAUUGCAAUAAUAUAUUAUUACGCCUCCGAUUGAGGCAAAGAUAACAUAAAUAGAAUUUUAUUAUUAAUGUUAUUAAUUAAUCUCAUUAUGAUGGGUCGGUGUAAAUAAAUAAGACAACCUGUGGCUUUGUUUAUACAGUUGUUUUGCCAUAUCUGACUC